UUCAGUUCUUGGCUUCUUGUCGUUGAUCAGAUCCGUAUGAAUCACUCAAUUCACGAUGGCAUCUUCACCCGACGAUGCUAGACUACAGAAUGCAAGGGAGACCAUAGAUUCCUUACAUGACCUUUCGCAGCUGCUGCAAACCGGGCUCGACAAGAACACUCUUUCGAUAUGCGUUGGUAUGAUAGAGCAAGGUGCUAAUCCCGAUACUCUCGCGGCCGUCGUGCGGGAGUUGCGUAAGGAGAAGGAGGCGUUAGAUGCUCAAAAGGCAUAGUCCAAUCACGCAGCGGGGUACUGAGCCUCGGAUUCCACUUGUAUGUCAUCGAUGUACACAUAUAGUAACGCCAAAGCAGUCCAGAACUUAUUUGGCACAUGGACUGCGUAGAAUUGUUCGUCAAACAUUACUUGC